AUAGCCAGAUACGUUCAUGUACCUAUAGGCACUUACAAUCCACAUGAAUUGUACAAGUUUGUACGGAAACUUGAUAUGAUUUAUGUUUAGCAUAAGUAAACGGUUGCGUUAUCAUCGGUGCCUACUUAUCUGGACCAAGUUGCAAAUUGGUCUCGAAGCAUUAGGUACAUAUCACUUGAGUAAAGACAGUGCUAUAGAGUCACAUUCAAGUACUUGUACUCUACGUUUGGUGUUUUUCAAUCUUCGUUAUUUUUUUCGAUUUGUUUACGUUUCAAACUUUGAGAAAGUUUUUUUGUGAAUUCGAAGAGUGUGAACGAUUUGCAGAUUUGUUUCGUGUAUUGAUCACAUCAUAGAGUUUUAAAUCUUCUCGGUCAGUGACUAUUUCGUCGAAUAUCAUACGAAACCGAAAGCUGUCAAUUACGUGAGAACUUUUGUUGAACCUGAUUGCUAAAGUGGAAUAAUUUUUUCAAGCUGUUAACGGUGUCAUUUUUUCGAGUACGCUGAGGUUGCAGUUCGACGAUGGGUAACAUCGAAGAAUACCCCUUCAUUUUCAUGAAUACGCCGUUGUCACUGCAGUUCUUGGCAUCAACCGAAGUGGCGUUAAUGUUAUGGCAACGCAGAUCUGCGGCUUCAGGCCUUUCAUACGAGGAUUUCGGUUGGUUUUGGUGGGAAAACCGAGUCUUCAGAUGCGAAGAAAUACUCGUUGGUCGGGUUCCGUCUCGAAUCAGAUCGCAAAUAGACGACAAAAUUGUCACUGUUGGCAAAGAACUUCUGAAAUGGACCGGGUUCCAUUGUAACGUUUUUAAAGACGAACAAACAUUUUUCAAAUGUAUCGAUCAUAUCGUCUUGGAUUUUUCCGGAACCAUUGGUUACAAAGCGACCGCGUUGAAUAUCAUGAAUUCGGGUGAAUUCGCUGACGUAGAAAAUUAAAGAAUGGCAUGUCUGUAUUGCUUGGAAGAUCUAGUCAGACGGUUUUGGCCUUUGGUUCCUACAGGAGAUCUAAAUGAUAUAUACGAUACAUACAAUUUAUCGUACUGGAAUGGUGUUAUGGAAUCAGGAGAAAAUUCGAGCAUCGAUAGGCUUACUGAGCCUUUUAGAGAACGAUGGAUAGAGUUCGCGAAGUGGAGAAAUGAUAGAGCAGCGUUUGAGCAUUUUUAUCAAAUGUUACCAGCUCAUGAAACAGUCGAUGAAACUAUUUUUUGGCUGACUGAAAGCGAAUGCAAAGCUGCGAUACGUUCAUUACCUACAUUAAACCGAAUUCAAGUUGAAGAAAUAUUUAAAGGGAAGGCCUCCACGAUGUUUGGAAUUUUAGCGAGGAACGACGAAGUGCAUUACUUGCAGUAUGCGUAUCAAUCGUGGACUCUCGUGCGACAUUUAAUCUUGGAAAAUGAAGCCACGUUUUUUUCAGUCGUGCACAUAUUGUGGAGAAUCGCAUUCUGUCCUGAUGAUACUCUGGGUUUGAGUCAUACUCGUUGCAAUGAAAUUAACGAAUUGCUGCUGAAAAUCUGGUCAGAUGCUUCGGACGAAUUAAAAGCUGCUGUUUCUAAUAAUCACAUCAACGAGUUUUUCGACCUAGAUUUUAACGAAAUUAGGAUAUUUUCGUAUUACCAUGGUCACGAUAUGAAAUUUAUGAUAGAUUUGCUGAACAUAUCACAAAACGUGGACGUCGUGGAUAAAUUUUGGCUGUGGCAGGAUAAUUGGCGUGGAUUCGCGUUACGUGCCAAGGUUUCGGAUUUCAAACAACUGAUGAGAUCUUGUUUAGUGGUUUUCGAAGACGAUGUCGAGUUUUACAAAAACCGUUUGCUGGAUUUCAAAGAUUUUUUCCCCAAAUUGAUGAAAAAUGGAUUCUAUUCAGAUCUGAAGGAUUAUCUGUAUUUUUGUUCGAAAGAUGCGAAACACUUUCAACUGUUGGCAAAAAAAGAACUCGAAUCGAAUCUCGAUAUUAUUUUACGACACGAUGAUGAUCAAUUCGCUAAAUUCGAAUGGUUCGUUGGGGAAUUAUUUUCAAACGAGAAAAAAGACGUAGAUGAAUUCAAAGCGCAGAUGAUUUCGUCUGCUAAAAGUUUAAAAUGCCUGCUGAAAGCACGCAAUGAUCGUGAAAUUCGUUCGAAUGAUUUCAGCACACUCAUUGGCCGAUUUGCUACCGAAGAAGAUGAAUCUAAUCUAGUAAAACGUAAUUUAUUAGAGCAUUGGAGUAGCUAUCCGAUGAACUGUAGUCGCAGGAUUGUUUACUUCGAUGAAUGGAUUGAAUUUCUCGAAUGGUGUGUUCCGGACCCUGAAGAACAUUCAGCCUUCAAGCAGUCGUUUAAUGUGGAGGCGAUUUUCUUAAAAUUCUUGAAAGAUAAUGCUCUCGGAAUGCCAAUUUCAGCUAUGGUAUUUCUCGACGACAUUUUAAGAUGGUAUUUUGGAAACGAAGAAAAUAGGAAAAAUUUCAAAGUAGAAAUAAUUAAAAAAAAGUAUCCACGAAUCUAUUUUGAGCAUGGCAAGAUACGAAAUAACGAUGAUGACGAUCGUUAUGGGCUGUCUUGUUUGUUGAGGUGGUUUUUUGAUAAUAAUACUGAACAAUUGUAUAAAUUUUGCGAAAGUUAUAAUUAUAUUCUACACCCGAAUGUACCAUAUCAAUUUGCUGGGGAUGAAACUCAAUAUAAUCGUGUUUUUUCAAGGGUAAAAUUGUUUGCUAAAUAGCUUCCUACUUAUAUGUAGGUAUUGUAUAUUUUAUUCAAUUUUCAAUAAACUUACUCGCAUAUA